CCCUUUUUUUUUUUUUUUUUGUUUGUUGAUUUUUUUGCAUUAUCGAUCUUCACAAGUUCCAUACAUUCUCAGUUCAAUUUUUUCUCUUCAAGAACACAUUACACAACCAAACCAAAAACAGGAACAUAAUUAAUUCAAUUCUUAAUUUCUCUUAUAAUCUCAAUUAUAUAAAUUAGUGUCCAUUAGAUUACGCUGUUGAUAAAUCUCUUGAUCGUUGCAACUUCGGCGAUCACAAAUCCACAGCAAAGAUUAUGCUGAUGGACCCUAAUUUCUCGUCGGCGAAGCCACCGCAGCCGGCGGCGAUGGAUAUCGAGCAGAUGCCGGAGAAUCCUCACCGUGGUUCUCACCACCGCCGUUCCCACUCCGACACUUCCUUCCGCUUCCCAAACCUCGACGAACUUCUCUUCUUUGACCCUUCAGAGCUCGACCUCUCGAUGCUCUCUUCCCCUUCUUCUCCCUCUCCUGCCGGCAGUGCCAUGGCCGUUGAUUCGUCUAAUGCCAAGUUUUCUGAUGACGCCGUUCGCCCUAAGCCGGAGCCGAUUGCUUCUGGACCGUUCGGUGGUCACUUGCGGAGCUUGUCCAUGGACUCUGAUUUCUUCCAGAAUCUGGACCUUGGUGGUGAUAGUGGGGAGAUCGAUUCUUUGGGGAAGAAGACUCCGGUGAGUGAACAGCGGCCAGUUCGUCAUCGACAUAGCUUGUCCAUGGAUGGUUCUUCGUCAUCGUUUGAGGCCGAUUCAACCCUAGUCGAUGGAGUGAAGAAGGCAAUGGACCCGGAGAGACUUGCGGAGCUUGCCCUAAUUGACCCGAAAAGAGCUAAAAGGAUUCUUGCGAACAGACAAUCUGCGGCUCGUUCGAAAGAGAGAAAGAUACGGUACACGAAUGAGCUGGAGAGAAAGGUUCAGACUCUGCAGUCCGAAGCUACCACUCUGUCUGCGCAGGUGACGAUUCUACAGAGAGAUACUAGUGGAUUAACUGUGGAAAAUAAGGAACUCAAACUUCGGUUACAGGCUAUGGAGCAACAAGCACAGCUUCGAGAUGCUCUGAGUGAAGCUUUGAAGGAAGAAGUUCAACGGCUUAGAAUAGCUGCAGGCCAGGUUGCAUCGAUCAAUGGAAAUCCUUUCAACCGACCUCCACAAUAUCCAUCAUCCCGGCCACCUGUACACCAUUUUAGUAGCUCCCAUGCCCAGCAGGGUCAACAGCAGCCACCACCCAUCUUGGCUACCAACCAGCAGCAAUCAGAUCCCAAAUGGACAAACUCGUCUCAGCUUCUCAGUCGUAGUCCGGAUGGCCAAGCAAAGCCUUAGAAGAUGUCUGUACAUAUAAUAUUAUCUAGCAAAGGAGGGUAAUGGUUUUCACAAUCAUUUUCUUGUACAUUAUUCUUAUAUAUAUAUCUUAUAUGCAUGAGAAGUUUGUCAUCUGUCAGCUGUUACGGAUGUUGUAUUAAUAAAAUCACUUCGAGGUAUAAUUGGUGAUCACUGUAAUUGUCUUCGAAUACACAAAGGUUGAAUCUUUAUAUGAUUGUACGCAGCUAGUUCUAACUUUGCCCC